AUGAGGUCCAGUGAUCCCCAGGGUCGCACGGCCAUGCUUAUAAUCGAGCAGGCUGCCAAGUGCAGAAGCCUCCUGCUGGUGCUUCAGACCAGAGUUCCUCUGCUGAAGGGCUGUGCCGGCUCCACUCAAGGAUGUAGGCUGAAGGACCAAGCACAACUCAGAGAUUCAAGAUGGUGGCGGCCAGUUGAGUACAAGCGGAGCAACACAUCUGAUAUUCCCGCGAGAACUCCACCUCCUCUAUACUGGCAGCCUCAGCAGCCCUGCCCACAGCCUGUCUGUCAGGGAGAUACUGUGCUCUAG